AUGCCCCAGAAUGUGAUCCUCCCGGGCCCUGCGCCCUGGGGAUUCAGACUCUCUGGGGGUAUAGACUUCAACCAGCCUUUGAUCAUCACCAGGAUUACUCCAGGAAGCAAGGCGGCAGUUGCCAACCUGUGUCCUGGAGAUGUCAUCCUGGCCAUUGACGGCUUCGGCACCGAGUCCAUGACUCACGCUGACGCACAGGACAGGAUUAAAGCAGCAGCCCACCAGCUGUGUCUCAAAAUUGACAGGGCAGACACUCACUUAUGGUCACCACAGGUAUCUGAAGACGGGAAAGCUCAUCCUUUCAAAAUCAACUUAGAGUCAGAGCCACAGGAUGUGAACUACUUUGAACACAAGCACAAUGUUCGGCCCAAACCUUUCACAAUCCCAGGCCGAAGCAGUGGAAGCAGCACUCCCUCCGGUAUUGAUGGUGGCAGUGGACGUAGCACCCCCUCUUCCGUCAGCCCUCUUAGUACUAUUUGCCCAGGUGACUUGAAAGUUGCUGCUAAGAUGGCCCCUAACAUUCCUUUGGAAAUGGAACUUCCCGGUGUGAAGAUUGUCCAUGCUCAGUUUAAUACACCUAUGCAGUUGUACUCAGAUGACAAUAUUAUGGAAACACUUCAGGGUCAGGUUUCGACAGCUCUAGGGGAAACACCCUCGAUGAGUGAACCCGUGGCCUCAGUGCCCCCCCAGUCUGAUGUGUACCGGAUGCUCCACCACAACCAGGAUGAGCCUGCUCAGCCUCGCCAGUCAGGCUCCUUCCGAGUGCUCCAGGAAAUGGUCAACCCCGGUGAGCGGCCGCUUUGUUUUUCAGAGGACCGUCCUGCUGGAACGCGGAGUGUGAGAGCUCCAGUUACAAAGGCUCACAGCGGUGCUGGAGGCGCGCAGAAGAUGCCAUUCUGUGACAAAUGUGGCAGUGGCAUUGUUGGUGCUGUGGUGAAGGCACGGGACAAGUACCGGCACCCGGAGUGCUUCGUGUGUGCGGACUGCAACCUCAACCUCAAACAGAAGGGCUACUUCUUCGUGGAGGGAGAGCUGUACUGCGAAGCUCACGCGCGAGCCCGCUCCAGGCCCCCCGAGGGCUACGACACAGUCACCCUUUAUCCCAAAGCUUAAGUCUUAGACAGAGGGGCUCGCACGCACUCACCCACACGCGUUCACACAGUAAGACGUUAAUGGAUUUGG